AAUCUGAAUUAAACUCCUAAACAAACACUUCAUUCAUUUCUCACUCUUUGUUUUCGUUUAUUCUGUAGGGGUGCCCUGAGUAUAGAACACAUAUAAAAUGGUGAAGGCCGUUGCUGUCCUUAGCAGCAGUGAAGGUGUUGGUGGAACCGUUUUCUUCACUCAAGAGGGAGAUGGUCCAACGACUGUAACAGGGAACAUUUCUGGUCUGAAGCCUGGCCUCCAUGGAUUCCAUGUUCAUGCUCUUGGUGACACAACAAAUGGUUGCAUGUCAACAGGACCUCACUUCAAUCCUGCUGGAAAAGAGCACGGUGCUCCUGAAGAUGAGAAUCGCCAUGCUGGUGAUCUUGGAAACGUAACUGUUGGUGCCGAUGGCUCUGCUAGUAUCUCAAUUGUUGACAAACAGAUUCCCCUGACUGGUUCAAACUCCAUUAUUGGAAGAGCCGUUGUCGUCCAUGCAGAUCCUGAUGACCUUGGAAAGGGGGGGCAUGAACUUAGCAAAAGCACAGGAAAUGCUGGUGGCAGAGUAGCUUGCGGUAUCAUCGGUUUGCAGGGGUGAAAUGUUGGUCCUGGUGAGUGGUGACCAGAAUAAUACGGUGAUUGGAGAGCAAACUCUGUAUGUGAACUAGAAACUUGGUGAAUAAAAGUAAAAGAAGCGUUGUUUAGUGUUUGUUUUGAAACUUAAAAGGAGUGAUCUCUUAAUGGAAUGGAAUUUUUUUUGACUUUUAUGGUAAGCUAUUAUUUGCUGAAAUGCCUAAUUUUCCGCC